GGGUUAAUACCUAUCUCUAUUUCUUUAAUUUCUUUUCUGUGUAUUAUUAUUGCAACUAUGUAUGAUAUAUUCCAGUACAAACUAUAGACAUAAUGCAUAUGCCAUAGCCGCAGUUAUGGAAGUUGCUUGCGCAUUUCUCUUCCAAAAAUGCAAUAUCUAGACUUAAGUAAUUAGAAUUUGAAUGAUUCCUUAACCUACUUCAUUCUGUUUGUUUGGAUGCCAUAGCGCCUGCUGUUGCAGAUUGAGGUUCCAGCUCAACAGAAACAUCUGAAAGAUGAAGUUCUUGCUCGUGAUGUAUAAGUGCUGUGCUGUCCAUAUCAGAAGCAAAGGCAACAUGAUGGUUGACAGAAGCACCAUUGCAAUCCAUACCAUGUGCGGGAACCUCUUCAAUGGCUUGCAGUGUUUGAGAAGGAUCUCGGAAAUGCAUCAUUCACUGACUGGCAUUCUACUAGACUUUCCAUCCCUGGAUAAGCAUUUAGUCUACUGUUGUAAUCAGUGCUAGAGAUGAAUUCUCCACCUCUACAACUCCCGCCAUCCCCCUCAGAACAAGUAAACACGGCCAGUCUCUUCAAAAUGAGAGAUUAAGAGAGAACAUUUACUAGGCUGGUAUGCAUAUUCCGGUGGUGCAGAGAAAGGAUUGCAGAUGUAAGGAAGAUUCGGAUAUGUUGUUUGCCACAGCGCUGAUAUGCCCUCAUUCACCUGAAUUUUGUCAACAAGAGAUGAAUAGAAUUUGUUGGUGGUUCUUUGAAUUCAUAUAAUGCAGUAGUAGAAUGCCAGGAAUUAACGAAUCCAUCUAUAUUACCCCGAUCAUAGAAACUCCUAUUCUAAUCCAGUUAGUCCUGAAGAUCAUUCUGAUACAGAAAGAAUAAAAAACUUCCUCAUCAAGCCAAAAUAUUUUGUUCAUUUAAUGCGCAUGAAGUAUGAUUAGAAAUUACCUGGUUAACAGUGUUGUAUAUCCCUGCACUAACAUCGUAUAGGAAGGCUGUAUUUACUUACACUGCCAGGAGCAUAGUCCAAAAGUUACAUUGUUUGAAACAAGUUGAUUUUCUCUUUGGCUUUUGAGUCCCUUUAAAGCAUAAGGUAGCGGCCAAAAGAUAGCCACCGUAUACCAGUCCACAUAGAAGCCAUAAGAUUCCAAUUGCAUACCCAUACAAGCCUGUAAAUACAGUUGACUGCAUAAAACCAAAACGAUACCCUUAGAAGCAAGAGGAAGAAGAAGAAAGGAAGAGAAAUAGUUCGAAGAGAGAGAAUCACACUCCAGUAAUAAUUGUUUGUAUAAUGUCAUACCGUCCUAUGUAUUUCUUGAAAUUGUUUAAUGGAUCAAUCCUCACUGUACCAUUUGAUCUUGACACAUGAAUUAAAUUCAUAUUUGUCAC